AGCUCACGUAGGAAAAAUGGCGGCGGUGCAGGUCGCUUCCUCGCUUCCUUGUGGGCAGUCGCGAGAGGCCGGGCGGGAGCUGUCGCCCGAACGGGACGAUGGGUUCCGCCGCUUGUCUGCCAGGCUCCGCGCGCUGCAGCCGGAUGACAGCACCGUGUCCCGCAUGGAGAUCCACCUGCUCUUCGACCAGCUCAUCUCCGAGAACUACGGCGAAGGAGGCGGCGUGGCCCCCGAGGAUGUCAGUGCUCUUCUUGUGCGGGCUUGUCAGUUGGUGCCUCUUAAUCAAAAUCACCUUGUCAGCAAAGUGUCUCAGCUGAUCCAUCUUCUACUUAACAGAUUACAGGUGGUUGUGGAUGAGCAGAACUUGGAUUUCCUGUUGACCUAUACGAUCUCAGCUAUUCAGCAGUGUAGCUCUUGGACACACAUGGAAAUUCUUCAAGCCCUGGCAGCUCUGGUUUACUGCAAUGGUUCAAAAUGUCAAAAGUAUCUCCCAGACUUGCUAGGCAAGAGCGGCCUCUUGAUGAAGUUGAGUGACUCAACUCACUCUGAUCCUGAAGUCCGGAGAGCUGCAGUGCAUUGUAUGGCAAAUUUAUGUCUCAGUGUGCCAGGACAGCCAUACCUGGAGGAGUCCUACCAGAACGUCUGUUUCCAAGCUUUCUUGACCAUUUUACAGUCUCCAAAAUCAUCUGAUAUGGAUGAUAUAACAUUUUGCAUGUUGUUACAGAAUGCACUGAAAGGCAUACAGUCACUUCUUAACGGUGGGAAGAUGAGGAUGACACAGACUGAGCACCUGGGAGCACUCCUCGCCGUGCUAAAGAAAGCCAUGUUUCACGGACUCCCGGGAUUAAACAUAGAGAUGCCUGCGGUGCUGUACCCAACUCCGCUCCCUCAGUAUGAUGGGCGAUCGCCUGUUAGACCACAGCAACCGGAACCCAGUGCUGCUCGACCGUCUGUGAACAAAAAGAAAAAACACAAAGUAAAACCAAAGAAAACCCAGCAAGGGGAGAAAGAGGAGGAGGAGGAAGAAUCCAGUGGUGAAGUGGAAGCGGCCCCAGGCCUCAGCACGGGCAGGGUAAACACGUGUGGCGAGAAUGCUUGGUGCUCCUCCCCCCGGGGCUCCCAGAGUUUGCCUGUGGAUGGGGGCAGAGCUGCAGGAAGAGAGCAGGUCUCCUGGCCCUUCGCCUCCUCCAGCUGGAAGAGAGUCAGCAGCAGUGAGUCAGACUAUUCCGAUUCGGAAGGAGGCAUGCAGGGCAAAAUGAGGUCAUACCAAGCCAAGGUUCGCCAAGGGGCAUUAGCUUGCUUUCUUUCUACUGUCAAAUCGAUAGAAAAAAGAGUUCUCUAUGGCUAUUGGUCAGCCUUUGUUCCUGACACACCUGAGCUUGGAAGCCCCCAGUCUCUGUCCUUAAUGACGCUCACAUUAAAGGACCCAUCUCCAAAGACACGUGCCUGUGCCUUGCAAGUUUUGUCUGCCAUCUUGGAAGGCUCAAAGCAGUUUCUUUCUGUUGCUGAAGACACCACUGAUCACAAAAUGGCUUUCACCCCCUUCUCUGUAACGAUUGCGUCCAGCAUUCGAGAGCUGCACAGAUGUCUUCUGUUAGCUCUGGUGGCGGAGUCCUCGUCCCAGACCCUCACUCAGAUAAUUAAGUGCCUUGCAAACCUAGUAUCCAACGCCCCCUAUAACCGCCUGAAACUCAGCUUGCUGACCAAAGUCUGGAACCACAUAAAGCCUUACAUCCGCCACAAAGAUGUUAACGUUCGAGUGUCGAGUCUUACACUCUUAGGAGCUAUAGUGUCCACUCACGCGCCUUUGCCGGAAGUCCAGCUGCUCCUGCAGCAGCCUUGCUCCUCUGGGCUCAGCAGCAGCAAUUCAGCAACUCCUCACCUCAGCACUCCUGACUGCUGGAAGAAAGCCCCUGCAGGACCCUCUCUGGAGGAAGCGUCGUCGGUCAGCUCGCCCAAGGCGUCUUCGGAGCCCUGCUGGCUCAUCCGACUUUGCAUCUCCACCGUGGUGCUGCCCAAGGAGGAUUCCUGCUCGGGUAGCGAUGCCAGCUCUGCCCCGGGAAGCACCUAUGAACCGUCCCCCAUGCGGCUGGAGGCUCUGCAGGUUUUGGCUCACCUGGCAAGGGGCUAUUUUUCAAUGGCUCAGCUGUACCUGAUGGAGCUUGGCGAGGUGAUCUGCAAGUGCAUGGGUGAAGCAAACCCCUCCAUUCAGCUCCAUGGCGUGAAGCUUCUGGAAGAACUGAGUACAGGCUUGAUACAGCAGUACAAGCCAGAUUCUAAUGUGGCUCCCGAGCAGAGAGUACCGGUCUACAUGGUGGUGAAGUUCUGGACUGCGAUGCUGAAUGGUCCUUUGCCCCGAGCCUUGCAGAAUUCAGAGCACCCAACUCUCCAGGCGAGCGCCUGUGACGCCCUGUCCUCCAUCUUGCCAGAGGCUUUCAGCAGUCUGCCGAAUGACAAGCAGAUUUUGUGCAUUACAAUGUUGCUCGGCCUGAACGACAGCAAGAACCAUUUAGUGAAAGCUGCGACCUCCAGGGCCCUUGGCGUCUAUGUGCUCUUCCCCUGUCUCAGGCAGGACGUCAUAUUUGUCGCAGACACAGCGAAUGCUGUAUUGAUGUCACUUCGAGAUAAGUCACUAAACGUGCGCGCCAAAGCAGCCUGGUCCCUGGGCAACCUGACGGACACUCUAAUCGUCAACAUGGACUCACCAGACCCAAGUUUUCAGGAUGAGUUCUCUGGGCUCCUGCUCUUGAAAAUGUUGCAGUCUGCGAUACAAGCCUCCGCGGACAAAGACAAGGUCAAAAGCAAUGCAGUCCGGGCCCUUGGGAAUUUGCUUCACUUUCUAAAGCCCUCUCACAUAGAGAGACCCGGGUUUGCUGAAAUCAUCGAGGAGUCUAUCCAGACUCUGAUUUCUACUGUUGUAAAUGAGGCCGCCAUGAAAGUCCGGUGGAAUGCUUGCUACGCGAUGGGGAAUGUUUUUAAAAACCCUGCUCUUCCACUUGGGUCAGCCCCAUGGACCUCCCAGGCCUACAAGGCCCUGACAUCGGUUGUGAUGUCUUGCAAGAACUUCAAAGUGCGCAUCAGAUCUGCCGCAGCCCUUUCCAUCCCAAGCCAGAGAGCACAGUACGGGUCUCUAGAACAGUUCGCUCAGAUCUGGAAUGCAUUGGUCACUGCCUUGCAGAAGAGUGAGGACACCACAGACUUCCUGGAGUUCAAGUACUGUGCCAGCCUGCGGACCCACAUCUGCCAGGCACUGGUUCACCUCUUGAGCCUCGCCAGUGCCUCUGACCUCCCCUGCAUUCUAGAAACUCUUGAGCUGAAUGGGGAGAUGAUCCGGUCCUACAUCCUACAGUUCCUAAAAUCAGGAGCAGAGGGAGAUGAUCCCGGAGCAGUCCACACCCCACAGGAAAGAGACCAGAUGGUCAGAGUGGCCCUGAAGUACAUACGCAGAGUGCAGGCUCUGCCCGGAGACACAGCCAAGAGGGUCAUCGUGGCUUUCUUAGAGAACAUCCUGGCUGUUCACUGUGACUCCUCAGGAGGACAAGUGGCACUCCAGAUCAGUGACCUUCACAUGUAAUAAAUGGGAGUCAGAGACCAAGCUUGUGCAUUUGAUACAUGGAGUUUAAUUCUAGGGCAGGAACAUCCGUCAGCGUUUAUUUAGAGUGGAUUAGUGGCUAUUUAACUAUUUCUCAAAGGGCUCAGUCACUUUGGGGCGUGGUUCCAUUACUGGCCAUUCUAACCCAGACAACCAAGAUAUGAGGAGUCAGGGUAUAUGUAGUGUGGGCCCAGACAAUUGGAGGUUGCUGUGGACUACUCAUUCUGUACACUGUGAAUAUAUAUUACUCUCAUUGGUUAAUAAAGCACUGACUGGCCAGUAGCCAGGCAGGAGGUAGAGGCAGGACAGCCAAACAGAAUGCUGGGAGGAAGAAGGGUGGAGUCAGUGGAGUCACCAGGAGACACAGGGAGCAAGACGUGCUGGAGCACAGGUAAAGCCACAAGCUACAUGGCAGUACAUAGAUUAAUAGAAAUGGGUUAAUUUAAGUUGUAAGAGCUAGUUAGUAAUAAGCCUGAGCUAUCCGCUGAGCAUUUGUAAUUAAUCUAAGCCUCCGUGUGUUUAUUUGGGAGCUGCUGACAGGACAGAAACUUUCGCCUACAGGAGGUCUUGAAGUGUUUAGUCUCAGAAAGAAAGAUAUUUAGAAACUAGGAUCGUAUUAGAAUUGUGUUUUCAAAACUGGUUUUAGUAAUAAACUGAUUCAAAACAAAACCAAAAGAAAGGUAGCAGCAAGUGGAAGAGGUUCCUGUGCAGUGUGCUGGCAGCUGCAGCAGCUGCAGAACUCCUCCACGAGUGCCCCUUGAUGAGUGUGCAGCUGCCCACCCGGCAUCGGCUUGCAUCCGAGGCCCUUCCACCUCCCCGUGGUCCAGGAGCCUGGCCCUCAGUACCAACUUCUGUCUGAAUUCACAACUGACCUUCGGAAUAACAUGGUCCUAUACACUAAAUAUGGCUGUUUGACCAGCCACCUUUUAAUUUGUAUCUUCAAAAAAGGUUAUUUGUGUAAUCUAGAUGUUUUCAAAGAUUUUUUUUAAUUAUAUCUAUUAAUAUGAAGCAUCUGUUAAUUUCUUGCUGAAUAAUAGUUUACGUUUAGAUUUUGCACUUGUCUCUUGACCACCAACAAUUUAGUAAAAUUAUUUCCAUCAGAAAUGUAGGGUUAGCCGGGGCGGUGGUGGUGGCGCAUGCCUUUAAUCCCAGCAUUCAGGAGGCAGAGCUAGGUCAAUCUCUAUGAGUUCGAAGCCAGCCUGGUCUACAGAGCAAGAUCCAGGACAGGAACCAAAAGUACACAGAGAAACUCUGUCUUGAAAAACCAAAAAGAAAAAAAAAGAAGAAAAGAAAAGGAAAGGAAGGAAGGAAGGAAGGAAGGAAGGAAGGAAGGAAGGAAGGAAGGUACAGUUAUAGCCCGGUAGUGGUGGCACACGCCUUUAACCCCAGCACUCGGGAGGCAGAGGUAGGCAGAUCUCUGUGAGUUCAAGGCCAGCCUGGGCUACCAAGUGAGUUCCAGGACAGCCAAGGUUGUUACACAGAGAAACUCCAUCUCAGGAGGUGCAGGGGGAGGGGGAGGGAGAAAAGAAAAAAGAAAUGUAGGGUUAUAUAAAAACAAACCACACAUAUAUUUGAUGUAGGAUACAUUUAAAAAAUGUAGAGAUUUAGUUCUGGUGAUAUUUGUUUAAUUAUUGAGACUUAAGCUAGGCGUGGUUGCACAUUUCUUUAAUCCCAGCACUCUGGAGGCUGAGGUAGAAGAAUGGUAAGCUUGAGGCCAGCCUGGGCUAUAUGUAGCAAGACUGUCUCAGAGAACUGAAGUGAUGCUAGAUGAGGUGGUCCACACCUUAAAUCCCUGCACUUGAGGAUGCUAAGGCAGGAGGGCCUGUCUCAACAAACAAACAAAAAUACCCAACAGAGACGGAAGAGACAGGCUCCCCGGGAAAAGCACUUGUACAAGUGUGAGAACUAGAAUUUGAAUCCAUAGUAACCACCAGAAAUCCAGGUGGGCACGAUGUUAGCAAAGACAGGAUCCCCCAAGCAAGCUCUGGGUUCAUUUGAGAGAUCCUGCCUCAGUGAAUAUGGUAGAGACCAAUCGAGGAAGAAUCCUGACAUCGACCUCAGGUGCUCACACAUGCACACACGCACAUACACACACACAAGAAAUAAGACAGAAACCAAAAUUGUUACUUAGCUUAAAAUGCAUACUUAAGGGCAUGCUUUUUUUUCCCUCUCUUCUAUCACGGUGGCACAUCAACUGUUGUGUAGACAGUGGUUGGGGACCGUAGCACUCACACUGACUAGAGUCUUCACGUUCCAUUGGUAGAGGGCUAGCCUCUCCAAAGGGGCCACCUUCGCGUGAGGUUCCCACAUAGAACCCUCUGUGAACUUGCAUUCCCGCAGAGGUGAUUCUGAAAUGGAUGGCUGCAGGGGGCUCCAGGGGUCGAGCUGAACCUGCCCUGGCCCUGAAUGACUCUUCCACAUCCUUGGGACUUCCUUCUCCUCCAUGCAGUCUCAGCAACAGCUUCUUUAACACGUUUUCGUAAGAGUGAGAAUUUGACGUAUCCUCUGGGCUUUGAGAUUUUGCCCCUGUGUUUCUUGGUGAAAAUAUUUGUGAAACAGGAUCUAAUGGGUUCGUUUGAUAAUCUGUUCCUGUCCUUGGCUUAUCUUGAAUAAAAUUUCACAUUUCUUUGUAA